AUGGCGUCAACUCCUGUUAUCAACAAUGCAGGCCGCGUUCAAAAGCCCAAGCGCAAGAGGCCUGCCACCACCAAAGUAAUCCUCGACACCCCCAUCAUUAAAGUGAUCCGCCCGGGUUUCUGGAGCCCAAGGGCAUUCUACGCCAACAGAGACCACCACCUUGAGCUGCCCUCUUACAAAGUCCCAGUUGAGACUGGGCACAUUGAUCUCAUCAUGGACAUUCUGACUCGCGAGAAGAAGGCCGAGUCCAAGGAGUCGAAGGAGUCAAAGUAA